UUGAGUUACAUUUUGACGAGAUCCGGGACCGAUUGAAUGAUCACAGUCUCAUUUAUCUGGAUGUCCGUAACAGAAUUGAAUUGCUGGUUGAUGGGAAAGUAGCCGGCAGUGUUAAUAUUCCGGAAACUGAAUUAGAAGGCGCAUUUGAUAGAAAUGAUCGCGAGUUUUUCGCUCUAUACGGAUUCUGCAAACCAACCAAAGGAGCUGAAAAUAUUGUGGUUGCCUGCCACUCUGGGAGACGGGCCAUUACCGCUGUAGAAAAACUUUUAAGAUUAGGAUAUGGUUCUAUCAAGAUUUACAAAGGAAGUUUCCUGGACUGGAAGGCCAGAGGUGGUUUCAUUGUAAAACAGUACUAAAAUACUAAAAACACUUGAAAAAACAAAAGAUGCACAAACUAAUUCGAAGCCCUCAAAUUCUAAUAACGCCCUGUUUUAUCAUUGCCAGAAAUUUUAACGUAUUUAGAUGGCUCAAUAUUAGAUUGAAAUCCUAAAAUCUUAAUCAGGAUUCCUCACCGUAGAAAAUACAUUUAUAGAAUUUGCACCUAUUUUGCUUUUCGUAUUCUGGGAACCGAUACACAUAUUGGUUAACGAUUCACGUACGCAUCUCAUCUAGCAUAUGCCUCAAUUUGGACCGACUAUUCUAAAAGUUUGUUUGGACUUUGAUUGUCAAAGUGCCAAAAUUCCAUCCAGCAUAUAUUCGUAAUAGAAGGCACCAAAGUGUUGUCUGUUAUUUCUACCCUGAAUUGUCAACGACCUCUAAAAUAAGGUAAGCGGCAACAUUUUUUUCAAAAAGGACAUGUUAUUUCUAUUGAUCCCAGUGCCUUUCUCUUUUUUGAAUAUGUUGAAUCGCAGCUAACGAAGUCAACGGUACAAUAUUACGACCGUUGAUUGUAUAUACGUACCGCCUAUAAUCGAAAUUGAAUUUGUGUGUGUAGGUAAGCAUCAGACUUUGCAACCAUCAACAAGACGAUACGACUACAACUAAUCGAUACCUUCCGGCCUUGCUAUAAAGAUCAGCGUCCGCCGGAUUCCCCACGAUUUGAAAAGCAUCUGGAGAGCGAAUGAUACUGCACUGCAAUCUGUAGCUGACAUUAUCCAUUCCUUAAUGUUGGAAAGUGAAUGUCGGUAUUUGGAAAAAGAAUCGGACUUCCGAAAUUUGUAAUCAGACAGCAGCAGCUGGCCGGAGAAGGUAAGUUCACUGUCCGUAGUAUAGAAAGCACUUUCUUUAUCAAUAUCACUAAUAACCCGAGUCAAUGGUCGGGGAGAGGAAUGAAUUUAUAGCUUAAUAAUACUUGCCACGAUGAGAAAAAGAAAAGAUUUGGAAAUUCACUUUUUAUCUCUAAUGGAUUGUCGAUACAACGGACAUGGCCGAAUGAUUACAUUUCUCUAGUUAUUACGCACUCGAGUCUCCACAAGAAGUUAAAAAGGUACUGCAUGAAUAGCCGUGCGAGAAUUUUUGUUAACAACGGUAAGGAAACCCAAAUUAACCAUUGGUUUUUCUAUGAAUACCGUUUUUUUUAUUGUUAAAUUAUUUUUAAAUCUUUUUUUAAAAAGAUGUUUACGGCCUCUCGUCGGCAAACAAACUGUGGCAUUCUCAUGUUUCUCUGUUUUCAUUAACGGUAAAUGUUUAUGUUGUGCAGGAAGCAAGGCGAUAGAUUUUGUUCCCAUAAUAAUAAGCGGAAAACAUUAGCCAUCACAUGAUCGGGAAAGAAAGAGAAAAUCCACGGAUAACUGUACACCCGGAAAAGAAAAAGAAGAAGAAAAACACACCGGAUCUGGAACCCGGAAGAAAAAAGAUGCGCAUAUAAGAAGAUGCGAUAUCGGAGGACAGAACCAUUUCGUCACCGGCAGUAAGAAAAUGUUGUCUUCUUCGCUACUAUGUAGCAGUUUCGUCAUCUUGUUAACUAUCAUCGUCAGGAGCCAUUGUGAUACUUAUCAUCAUCAUCAUCAUAGAGGAUAUGCAACACUCAAUCCCAUUUUAUCAUCUAAAUCAUCUCCUUCCGAUUUGGAUUCUGCGCUGGAACACGUCUCUGAGAAUUCGACAAAGUUGAACCAUCGUAAACGGGGGAAACAUCUUUCGGUCCCUGUCCCCGUUAUGAAUAACUCGAUAGAACAUCCACCUCUUGAUAACGCGCUUCAAUCCAACGAGUCAAUCCCACUGUUGAAGGAAAAUUCAGCGGAAGACAAAUCGCCUGAUGAUGGAGAGUCUAGAAUUAAUCCACGUUUCGUUGGAUUUGAACUCGUUGGCGGCGAAGGCCUUCAUCCCCAUUGGAGGCACAUACAAAAAGGUGUGGAUACCCAUGAAGAAAUGGCUGAUGCGAUUGGUCCACCGAUUGUACAUAUAACGCUUGCUGAUGAUGAACCUCCUGAUGAAGGCCUAAUCAACCGUGAACUAGAAAUAGGACAACUUUUUCAAGAAACUUUUAGAGCCGAUUGGUCUCUACUAUCUGAUCGUCUUAGUAGGCUAGCAAGUUGGUUCAAUAUCGGAAGGUUUCUCAAAACGAAAAUAGGAUUCGGAAGGUUUUUGAAAUUCUCUUCCGGAUCAACUUCAGGAGCAACAACAACAAUUAUUGCAGGGCCACCAGGUCCUCCUGGUCCAACCGGCCCGACUGGUCCUUCCGGAGCGACCGGUCCAACUGGACCUGCUGGAGUUGAUGGAGUGGGAAUUCCAGGCACUCCGGGCAUUCCCGGAAUACCUGGAACGCCAGGAGCUGCUGGUGCAGCUGGAGCACCAGGGCCGACCGGGGCGACGGGACCGAGUGGAACUUCAGGUGCCGCUGGGCCCACUGGGGCGAAUGGACCUCCUGGCGCUCCUGGACCGAGUGGGUCGCCAGGACCUGCUGGGGCAUCCGGACCACCUGGUGCUGCUGGUUCAGCUGGUCCUACUGGUGCUACCGGAAGUAUAGGAGCUCCAGGUCCAACGGGUCCAAGCGGUUCAACUGGUCCAACUGGAGCAACAGGAUCAACGGGGGCCGCUGGAUCGGCGGGAGCGACGGGUCCACCAGGUGCUACAGGUCCCGCAGGAUCAUCGGGAGCUACAGGUCCUACUGGGCCGAGUGGAUCGGCUGGACCUACUGGUCCACCAGGUCAAACUGGAUCGGCCGGAGCUCCUGGCGCUGCAGGCUCGACUGGGGCGGUUGGGCCACCGGGACCGCCUGGAAGUGCUGGGGCAGCGGGGGCUGCUGGCGCUGGAGGUUCAGCCGGGGCUACAGGUCCUCCGGGUCCACCUGGAGCAACAGGAACAACGGGGGCCGCUGGAUCGGCGGGAGCGACGGGUCCACCAGGUGCUACAGGUCCCGCAGGAUCAUCGGGAGCUACAGGUCCCACUGGGCCGAGUGGAUCGGCAGGCCCCACUGGUCCACCAGGUCAAACUGGAACGGCUGGAGCUGCAGGCGCUGCAGGCUCUACUGGUGCGGUUGGGCCACCAGGACCACCGGGAAGUGCUGGGGCAGCGGGGGCUGCUGGCGCUGGAGGUUCGGCCGGGGCUACAGGUCCUCCGGGUCCACCUGGAGCAACAGGAACAACGGGGACCGCUGGGGCUGCAGGUGCAGCAGGUUCAGCCGGGGCUACAGGGCCUCCCGGGCCUCCUGGAGCAGCAGGAGCUCCUGGCCCUCCAGGGGCUCCAGGAGCCGCCGGCCGUAUCGGGGAUGAAAAUGGUGAAUAUAGCGAUGAUGACGAUUCAAUCAAUAUAGAAUCAAUCAACGGUGCACAGACAUCCGACAGCCUCAAUGCACUUAUGGAUAAUUCGACUGGACUUGAGACGACGACAAACCACCCAGAGAAAAAGCCUAUAAGGGUGCUGAAAAAGCCGGCGAACAAACCGGAUCCCAACACUAAUUCAUCCGUGCCAGAGCAAAUAGAAAAUAAUUUUGAUCAACCACAAGGAACGGUGGAUUCAUUGGCGAUGACAUCGGUAGCGGUGUUGGCAGAUGUUGUUCGAGAUUCGCCCCUGUUUCUUCAACCAGAGCAAGUGUCAGUUCAAUGGCCACCGACAGGGCAGAUAUUGAAGCCCAUUGAAUCGCUACACUCGGAGCAAAACGCGAUUCAAAAUCUAUCGUCACAACAAACGGAGACUAUGCUGGUACCUGGGUCACUGCAAUUUGAUCAAAAUAUGGGGUCAAUUUCAUUGCAGUCUGAGCAAAUAACGCAGCCGCUUGAGCCCAUCAAUUCAAAGGAGAAACCAGUUGAAACUGUAAAGGCGGAAUCACUCGAGUUCUCUCAGUCGGAAGAAAACGAUUCUGUGCUGCUCAUGGGCGAAAUACUUAAGCAGUUUGAGAUCGUCACGCAAAAGCCUUUCGAGUUGGAGACUAAUCCGGGUGAAUCUUUACUCCCGGAGCCUAUUGUGGAGAAAUUUGGAUCGUUUCAGACGGAGAAAACGACGGAACCGCUCGAUUGGAAGCCACCUGUUAACAUUACAAAUCCGCCAAUUGAAUUCGGUACGGAGAAACCAUUCGAGUUGUUACCAACGGUGCAAAUUGAGAAACAAAAAGUCGAAUCACUUCAUCAACCGCAACAAAAUCUCACCGAGUCGCCAUCAGAUAAAACCACGCCUGUUAAAUCCGGAGAACAAGUGCAAAUAGAAAAGAAACAACAAGAUAAUUCAGAUGAAUCUGUACUGCCAGUGCAAAUAGCGGAGCAAUUUGAUUUCAUUUUGCCACAUCAUUCAUUCGAGUUGGAACAACCUGAGAAGCCGAUUGAACCUUUUAAACCGGAAGAUAUCAAACAUUCAGAAUCAUUGCCCCAGAAAAAUAAGGAAGAAACAUUGGUUGAUUCAAUUGUUGAAAUGGUUCCGCCCACGAAGAAGGUGGAUUCGCAAAUACAAUUCGAGCAAACAACUAUGAAACCAAUCGAGUGGAUGCAAGUAGAGAAAAACAAGUCAAUUGAAUCUGUGCCGGAGCAAAAAGAAAAGCCAGGUAAAUCAAUAGAGAUUAAGCAAAAGGUGAAUCCACUUGAGAAAUUGCAACGAAUGACGAAACUAGCAGAAAUGGCCAAAAAUUAUUCAGAAAAAUCAGCAGAUGCAGAAGAGCAGCAAGCCGGGCAAAUAGAAAAACCAGUAGAGCACGCACAGGCACAGGAAGUGAAUGCACACGAACAUGCGCAACAAGACCGAAAUGAGAAACCAAAUGAUUUAUUAUUACUCCAGCCAACAGAUAUGCCAUCCGCAGUUGAACUCCUAGCGCCACCGAUUGAAAAGGUUGACGAACACCAAAUUCAGCAUCAUCCGGAUGAAAAUUUGAAUGUUGCAACAACAACUGAGCAAGUUGUGUCCGAGCUGGACGACGAAAUUUCACGAAUCAUACAAACUUUAUCAGAUGGAUAUGAUUCAACAUCUGAGCAAGAAGUGCUUACCGAUCUUGCAAAUUCCACAAAUAAGGGUGAAUUGCGCAUACCCGAUACAACCGUCAUUCCAACUUAUCAACAAGAAACGAUUUCUCCGGUCUACCCCACGCUAAACGAAAAAUAUGAAAAAGAAGAAACAGCAGCUGAUUUGCUCCGAAAAUUUUACUCAUCAUAUAUUCGACCAGCAAGAAAAACUGAAUCAGUUGAUCAUCUAAAGAUAGGGGAAAUACAUCCCAAUCAUAAUAGCUGAAUAACGUUAGGAAAUAAACAGCCCGACAAAGUUUUGGAGGAACUCUGCAUAAUAUGCGUUUAUUUUCAUUGUACAAAUUUUACUGUUUUGCCAAUAAAUUUCCGUGUUCUUUGUUGA